AUGCAGCCAACCAAAGCCAAGCAUGGGCUUAUGAUGGAUCUGCUGAGGAGCUGGAUCGAGCCGUUGGUAGAAGGGGCUGUACGCCAGAGUAUAGACCCGGACGACCAGGUGGCCGGCUCCAAAGAGCUUGGGAAGACUGUUGAUGAUGGGAGCAAUUUUCGGAUACCCGUGAAACGCCCAAAAUUGGUGCAACUAGUCAAGUGGUUAUCCAGUGAGCCGACUCCCCAUGCCGUUCUCUCGGACGCCUCCACGACAAUCCGCGCCAUAUUUUCCGAGCGUGCUCGUAUAAAUUAUAAAGAGCAAUAUGACACCGAUAUUCGAAAGAAUUCGACAGGGAGCGUUCUACGGAUCUCGAAGGUCCAAAUUACGAUUGGGAAACUGCGUACUCCGCCUCCAGAAAUACAUCUUUAUAUCGAAGAAAUAAAGAUAGAAGGCUGUGAGGGGACAGGAUUAAUUGGGAAUCCUGUAGAUAUCGCUCGUUGUAAAGCCAUUGUCGAACUGGGUGACAAAUGGGCCCGCGAAGAUGGCGAUGCAGGACCACAGGCCUUGGAUCGGACAAACGACACCAGUGACGAUUCAGACACGGAAUCUAUAUUGUCAGGGCCCGGCUCUAAUAGUAUUCACGAUGAUGAGGAUCCUGAGCCUUCGGAUGAUGAGGAUACAAAUUCAACCCAGGAAGGUGGAUGGCACACGCAGGCGCCAACAUCCGCCGUGGCACGAAUGCCCAAAGUAAAAAAUGCGGAGGACCAUGCCCCACCAAAAUCCAAGAUGCAAGAUCUACUGAAUACCCUAAGACCAAAGGGAUCAAACUCUGGAAGGAAAUCGCCAAACCCAUCCACUCAAGGAGAAAUCCCGGCUUUACAUGGGCACAAACCCGUCGUUCCACAGCCUGUAUAUGACCUGCCUAUUCCCGAUCCAAACAUUAUUGAAUCAGCAGGUACUGAGCCUCGCCGAAGCAGCCCUCUGUCCUCUAAAAUUUACUCUCAACACAGACAAUCACCACCUGCGAGCCCUAGCAGCAUUAGUCCAAAUAUACAGGCCCACUCUCAUAAACCCGACCAGCCAUCUAAGUCUUCGGUGCUCAUUCCAUCCCGUGAAGUUAAGGUAAUCGAUAAAGGAUUUUUCAGUGGGUGGAACAGAAUUCGUCGUCGUGAUGUGUUCAUAUCUGAAGCUCAACAAAGUUUGAUUGAAAGUACUGACUCAUGGAUACCCCCGAACACGGGAAUGCGGAUGCCACAAGGCCAUGUGCCCGUCAGUCUUAUUCAGCAAUGGAGCGAGAAGCGUAGAGAGAAGGCUGCUAUUGCGCGUAUCAGCCCCUCGAGCGAGAGCGAAGCCCUAGACAAUGAUGCCGAGCCACCCUUGUCAUCUACCCAUAGUCAAUUAGGGGAUUAUCCGUUAGGAACAAAGCAGUGGCCACCAUCACCUGUGGCUGCCCGCGUACCCCCAGAUAGCAGCCCUCUAAAUAAUGAGGGUGGGUCACCCCUACGGUUCCACAGGGAUACUCCUGGUUCAGACUCUCUCAAUCUGGUCGAUAACUCUACCAGCUUGGAGACCACAAAUCUACCCAAUUCAGCGGCGCAAACCGGAGCAUUGCCAGAUACGGAAAGCUAUGAAGACUCUGAUAUAGAGCUUUCGAUUCCCAGGGGUUUAUAUACAUCCACUCAAGACCACGAUGUUGACCCCACGUCUUCCAUGAUAGAGAACGAAACGGAAGGCACCAUUAAUCGUUCAUCUAUACCAAUGAGGAUAACAGAAACUAUGUUAUCACAGCAAUCUCAAGAGUCACAUUCUCCGUCACAACAGCCGAUAACACCAUCACCCCCCGACCAACACAUUGGUAGCUCUGAAACCCCUUCCCCAAAUGCAACCACAAUCUUGGUCCCGGCUACUCUGAAAUUCAGUGCUCGAAAGUCUCAGGACAGACCACCAAGCCAUGAUCCUACAAUAGAAUCUCCCGCACAUGAUUCUACAAUCCACAAUUCUUCUUCGUCAGGCUAUGACAGAAUGGCUGUAGAAGCUCAGCUCGCGGCAGGGUUGAAUAGCACCGAACUAUCUGACUCUAAGAAUCCCCCGGGUGUUUUGCAAGUUCCUGGGUCCUCCUUGGAGGUUGCCGAUCAGGCCAUGGUCGUGCUUCCAUCGAUCGAGACGUCUGUCCCCCCUAUGCCACCCCAAGAAAUCGAUCGAAAGCGUAAGCGUACAGACGAGUCUCCUUCGCGGUCAUCGUCUCCUCGAAAAGUUUCAAGAAUGUCAGAAGCAGAUACAAGUACAACUAGCCACCAGAGCAAAAAAACCUUCGGCCAAGUAUCAUUCUCCUCGCAAACGGAAGAGAUAUAUUACAAGUUUCUACAGGCGUACAAGACCUAUAGCGGUAGCCUGGAUACUUUCAGAAGAGCAUGCUGCGAGCUUCAAUCACUCCGAGAUAAAGGUUUAAUGCAGAAGUCAAUGUUGUGGGAUGAUUUUGUUGCUCGUGAAGUUACCGAGUAUCAACACUACAUAAGCAGAUGCCUUGAACGACACAAAACCCCUGACGCAUACCAACCCUAUUUCCAGAAACAUGCCAAGUUUGCACAAUAUAAAAGGCGAAAUCUAACGGUAAAAAAUCUUCAAACGAUCGUUGUUGAGGCUGAGGGUGAAUACGAUAGCGAUGGUAGUGGUGAAGGCGAAGGCGGCACUCAACUAGCUAUGACCCCUGAACCACCCACCGCUUCGCCGCGUGUCAUUCAAGAAUCACCAUACAAACGGCCGGUAAGGGAUUUGGAAAGCGAAGUUUCCGAUUCAGAUACAGACGCCGUGAGCCCAGAGGCACCGCAUAUGUAUGAUAGGGCAAGUGUUGAACUUGGUGAUGAUGCCGGUUGCAUAGCUCCCAGUAAUCUGAAGAGGAGACAGGCGAUGUCCUUUGUAGAAGAGGAGGAAGAACCUGAUGACGAUGAUGACGAAGAUGAAGAGGAAGACAUUUCCCAUGCUGGACACGGCCGCUUGCCACAACCGACUUCCUCUCCAAACAACAGGCCUUACCUAGGCCACCCUAUCGAACUAGGAACAGGCCGUAUUUUGGCCAGCAAUCCCAGUUCAAAGGCGCCAAUUAUGCACCCUAGCCCUCUCCCACACGGCCUUAACCCUCCACAAACUAGAGGACAACAACAAACCCGUCCUUCUAAAUCCAAGUCUCCCCCUGUCCGGAAGUCGCCUGUACCGUCACUCCCACCGCAUAAGAAAGUAUCUGGCGUCAACGGGGAUAAAACGAGUUACGCGACAACAUCAGCGUGGUGGAAGAAUCCCAACACUUUAUUAAAGAAAUUUUCAAGGGAAUAUGCAUGUAUUCCCUGUGAGCGCAUCAGUCCCACCCAACACCUUAAUCCGCCCGAAGUUCCGGUCGAUGAAGCCGGGGUCGUGAUAGUAGACUCCCAGAAACGACAGCAGAAGGGAGGUAGGAUGGAUAGUAUGGGCCUUAAGUUCUAA